AUGGAUCUCACUGCGACGACCUACAAAGGAGCCAAUCCACUUCACAUUGCGGCGUCUGCGAAAGAUAGUAAUACAGUUGGUUUGCUACUUGAGAGCUACUAUGACUCCCAGAGAGAGAUGAUUGUCAAUCAACCGGAUCGGACGGGUUGCACUCCUCUGCAUUAUGCGUGUCUCUCUGGGCGACUGGAGAGUGUUUUUCUUUUGUUGAACGCAGGAGCCAAUCCGGUAAUUACCUACUAUGACGGUAGAACACCGUUAUAUGUGUGUGCAGCAUUCAGAAAGAUAAUUAUCCGGCCCGAGAAGGACCAUAACCGCUGCGAUCCCCCAGGUUGGCACCAUCUCAUCGGUGACGACGACACCUUGCGGAUGACAGAGAUCAUUCAACUUCUGCGUGCCCACGGAGCUGACACUCUCAAGAGUGAUCAAGCAGGCAAUACCCCAUUCGAGCUCGCUGUGGACAAUGGAAACCAGGAGAUGAUUGCAGCGCUGCACGUUGAUACAGCUAACCCCCUCAACCCAACACCAGCCCCGCAUAUUAUCUUCCUGGCCGGUUGUACUGGAUGA